AUGACCACGAAGCGCACCAGGGAAACCUCCCCUGAAGACGAGCAUCAUCAAGAGCAGCACGACGUCAAAGAUCCUCACGUGCUGGUAGACCCUUACAAAGUUACCCUUCCUGACUGGAUCUCGCCAGAAGUCAACCGUCGCUUGCGCCGCUUCCUCGACUACACCGCGUCUGCGCAGUUACUGUACUACGUGUCACAGCUCCCUCUCGACCGUUGCUGGGGCACGGGCUCGUGCUCGCGUUUUCUAUGUGACCCCGCAACAAACACGCCGUUGCGGAUGUGGUUCAUGGGACUCGUGGAGUCUGCCUCGCAUUCGUCUACGCGAACCGAACCUCGAUCUCAGUUCACUUUGGACGUCAGGUGCAUCCGCGACGUGGACCUCGAGUCCGUCAACCAGCUGCUUCAUCUCAAACACGAAUCAUCCUUUUUCCACGCAGCUCGCAGUGCCGUGUCUUGCCAAGGCUGUUGCAUAUUCACCGCUGUCUUCGACGCGACAGAGACCUACAAGUCCAAGCAUGCGAUGCCCACAAUCCCUGCGACGGACAUCGUUUUCCAGGAUCUCGUUCUUGUCGAGUUCUUCUGUUAUCGAGAGCGUGCGAAGCCUGCUCGAAACAGCCCGCGUUGGACGGCUUGGAGUACGGCUUUCCACAUCGAGUCCGUAUCGCUCCUUGCCCGUGCCCCCCGCGCUCAGUACAACGAACCUGUCGACACUUUCUCCGGCCACAUGUAA